CUACCUAUGUAAAUUGUGUAAAACAGCCCGGGGAACCAGUUUUUGAAAUUGACACGACAUCAAUUUACGGACAACACGCAGUGGUUCCAUCAACAGCUGUUCAAAAUGCCUCUGCCAUCAUCUUCAUCGACGUCAGUUGGAGGGAGUCGCUCCCCUUCCUCAAAGCAGGUUGCCAGGGGGACAUCGGGUGGUGGCCAAGUCAGACAGAGGAAAGGAGCAAGCACAGCAGGCAGGACAAGCCGAUCAGUCGCUGGGGGAGGUAGUGGGGGCAGCGGGGGUGGUAUGUGGAGAUUCUAUACCGAAGAUUCACCCGGCCUCAAAGUGGGUCCUGUGCCAGUUCUGGUCAUGAGUCUUAUCUUCAUCGCUUCAGUAUUUAUGCUGCACAUAUGGGGCAAAUACACGAGAGGUUAAAGCAUUCCAGCACCGCUCAACUCUUUGAACCAAACAAAACUCAUCAGAGAAUUCAAAGGUGUUCAUAUAAAGGACCAUGUCAUCAGACCAUCGGGACUGAGCGGCACUCAUCAACAUUGGACUCGAGCUGUGCCCCUAGACAUCUUUGUCAGCACAAAAGACCAGCUUACUUAGUUCACACAUGAACUUUUGAAGCCAGUUUUUUUUUUCUUGUUUUAAUUUGUGGGGAGUAAUUUUUAAUGGCCUGCAUAGUUUUGUUGUCUUUUACAAAGGCGAUUUGCAUCCAGCUAUCCAUUUGCUUUCCAACUAUGGAAAGUAGUGAACCGUGACUACGAAUGUUUCAGAGUUUGGGGGGAACAGAGAUGUAAUAAAUCUGGGCCGAUAAGUCUGAAA